AUGGACAUAGUGAAUCUUUAUCCACUUUCUAACUACACAUUCGGCACUAAAGACCCCAUGUACGAGAAGGACCGGACUGUGGAGUCCAGGUUUAACCGCAUGCGCGAAGACUUCGAGAAGUACGGCAUGCGGCACUCCGUGGAGGGUGUUCUUCUGGUUCACGAGCACAACCUCCCUCACCUCCUCCUCCUCCAGCUAGGUGAGCCCUCCUCUCCGCUCUACUUGUGGCUCACUGAGGCCCCGUGCUACGCAGGACCCAGCCCCUCGGGUACAACCUUCUUCAAGCUGCCCAGUGGUGAGCUCCAAAUGGGAGAGACGGAGACGGAGGGGAUGCUAAGGAUCGUCAACAACACCCUCGGCAGAGAAGACGGGAUGAAGACAGACUGGAAGGUGAGAGACGUGGUGUCCAACUGGUGGAGGCCGAACUUUGAGGCUCCUCAGUACCCCUACAUCCCGGCCCACUGCACGCGACCCAAAGAACACAAGAGACUGUUCCUCUUACAGCUCCCAGAGAAGGCCCUCUUCUCUGUGCCACGCAACUACAAACUGGUGGCAGCUCCUCUGUUUGAACUCUAUGACAACUCGGCUGGCUACGGCCCCGUCAUCGCCAGUCUCCCGCAGGUCCUCAGUCGAUUCAACUUUGUCUACAUAUAACUGAAUUCUCUUCCCGACACCCAAAAUUUCUGUCAUGAUGUUAAAUGUGCAGGUUUCGCGCUAGGAGUAGUGUUGACUCAACUCAACCAACUCCCUCUUUUGCCAAAAACAACUGUCAAUGGUAUCAAAGUGAUUUUUUCAUAAAUAAAGCCAGAUAAAAGUUUCGGACUAGAGAUAGUGUUUGUGGCAGUGGCUGGCUCUAGAAAUCGUUCCAUCCAGCACUCCAGCCACCCCCCUCCUUCUGUAUGUAUAGAGCAACAGAUGGUUCACACUAAAAGGCAACAGUCACUACCAAAACAACAACAGAACACUACUGAGGGA